AUGCGCCAGACGGUGCACCCCGACUGCAACAAACCAUCGAAGGUCCGGUUAAAACCGGCUCAUACCGCACUAUUCUGGCUGUUAGCAUUUCUUCAAGUAGUCGGAGCGAACCGACCGCCGCGUUUCCUUAUAGAUGGCCAGUCAGAAAUUGUUGUUAGACUCAAGGAAGGGCCAGACACGCCGGUUGGUAGCUUAAUAUACCGGCUGCGUGGUAUUGACCCUGAUGGAGACACAUUGCAUUUUGGGAUUAAAGAUCAACUGGGUAGUGAUAUUUUAAGAUUAGAAGCCAUUUCAUCCAACGAAGCUAAUAUUUAUUUAGUUAAGGAAUUAGAUAGAGAGACCCGUGAUGAAUACUCUUUUGUCUUGACACUAAGUGAUGGUCAUUUGGGGGACGGUAAUUUCAUCACACAAAGCUUUUUGCUACUCGUAGAAGAUGUAAAUGACAACGAACCGAUUUUUAAGCCAUACCCCUCCGCAAUUACUGUGAAAGAAGAUGCCCUGCCUGGUAUAUUAGCUACUGUGGAAGCAACAGAUUUGGAUGAAGGAGCAUACGGACAAGUUUUGUACAGUCUUCAAGAAUUAGAUGGAGAUAUAGAAAACUUUUCCGUACAAACAGUAAACGGGAAGGGUGUGAUACGGUUGAUUAAUAAUUUGGAUUAUGAACGUAAAUCCUUAUAUCAACUGCGAGUCUUGGCUGUGGACCGGGCGAACCAAGGACGCGUGAACACAGGCACCGCAGCUAUCCUAGUGAAGGUACAGGACGUAGAAGAUCAGCCUCCGGAAUUUGUGGUUGCCAGCCCCGUUACUAGAAUCGGUGAAGAUGCACCGAUCGGGACUUCUGUUUUGCAAGUGCGCGCUAUUGAUGGAGACAGGGGCAUUAACAACCGUAUAUCUUAUAGCAUCAUAUCAGGCGGUGAAGAACAUUUUGAUAUUGACAGUAGCUCAGGAGUGGUGUACACUGUCCACCAAUUGGACAGGGAAGAUCCAAACAAUAGCAAUGGAGCAUAUAUAUUGGAAAUACUGGCCACAGAAGAGUCUCGUGCAGUGUCACCAAUGCCCAGUGCAACUACCGAGGUGACAAUAAUUGUGACAGAUGUGAAUGAUGAAACACCAAAGUUUCGUAGUGACCGCUAUGUGUGCGAAGUAUUAGAGAAUGCACAGCAAAAUACUCCCAUUACAUUCCUUCAAGACGCCAUACCAGAAGUGUUCGAUUAUGAUCAGGGUAAAAAUGGAACUUUUGAAUUAUAUUUAAGAGGUGAUAAUGGUGUGUUUGAUGUUACACCAUUUAAGGGCAUUAAUGAAGCUUCAUUUCUGAUAAGGGUCAAUGACCCAUCUUACUUAGAUUACGAGAGGGUUACAGUAAUGAAUUUCAGUCUAGUCGCCAAAGAAAUUGCUGCCAAAGAUCCUAAACUGAGUAUAGUUCCAAUUAUGGUCCACAUAAAGGACGAGAAUGACAACUUUCCAGAGUUCACAGAAUCUCUCUACACAGUUUCGAUACCAGAAAAUUGUGGUGUAGGUACAACGGUCGCGUGGGUGCAAGCCCUAGAUCAAGACUCGGACAAUUAUGGAACAAGGGGCAUCAGAUAUACAAAUCUAGGAGGCAGUAUUGCUAAUCUAUUAAAUUUAAACCCGAUAUCCGGAGUAAUUACAGUAAAACAAGCAGGUGGCGACAGCUUCGACCGAGAGCUCGUCUCUCGACAUUAUCUUACAGUGGAAGCACGAGACGACCUCGGCAAAGGUAACAGGAACACUGCUCAGCUGAUCAUCCACAUCGAGGACGUGAAUGAUAACGCGCCAAUGUUCCUCGCCAACAAGUACGAGGCAAGAUUACUGGAAAACGAACGCCAAUUUGAGAACCCACUCGUUUUAGAAGCGAGGGACAUUGAUUUGAAUGGUACCAAGAACAGUCAUAUAGAAUACUCAAUAGUGGGUGGAGAUUAUAAGAAUAAUUUCUCUAUCGAUCCCAAUCUGGGUAUCAUCAUGCCGGUAGGCGGACUGGACUUUGAGCAGAUACCCGGCGACAACACUAACAUACGACCAAUACAUUUAACAGUACGAGCGCGCGACUUUGGCGACCCGCCUCUGUCAUCGACGGUACCUGUAACUAUCUACGUACAGGAUGUGAACGACCACGCGCCGCUGUUUCAACAGAUGCUAUACAAGCGGUCGAUCCCGGAGGACAUGCCUGGUGGUACCAGUGUGCUUGAGGUGAAGGCCCGAGACGGUGAUGGCUCGUCGCCAAACAACCGCGUGGUAUACCGCAUCCAGCGCGGCGCCGGCGACAAGUUCGUGAUGGACGCCCGCUCCGGGGUACUGGCUGUCGCCAACGGUUCCACGCUCGACCCGGACAAGACCAACCCAAAGGUCAACCGGUACACCCUCACUGUGGUGGCGUUGGACGGCGGUAUAGGAGAUCAGCAGCUAAGUGCAGCUGUACUCGUCAACAUCACCAUAGUUGAUGUGAACAACAAACCACCAGUUCUUGUCGAACCUGGCACCAUUGUAGUCAAGGAAAAUACACAGGUGGGUACAGAAAUAUAUCGCGCCCAAGCAUACGAUCUGGAUGAACAGCCGGUACUACGGUAUGCGAUUGACCGCAGCAGUGUCGCGCGAGACGAAGACGGUAUCAUAGUACCGGUCACCGAGUACGAUUACCUCUCGCUUUGGGAUCUGAACUCCGUCGACGGCACAUUAAGGGUUGUAAGACUACUUGACAGAGAAAAAGUAGAGACAAUAAAAUUAGUGCUCACUGUCCAAGACAUGGCAGCCAUUGACGGUGGUCCCCAACAGACCGCCACAGGAACACUCACCAUAAUAGUGGAAGAUGAGAACGACAAUAAUCCACGCUUCAGAAAAUCCUUCUACAAGACCUCAAUACCUGAGAAUUCGAAGAACGGUGUCAAUAUCGUGACAGUGAUAGCCGACGAUGCAGACAAGAACCGAACUAUGACGUAUUUUGUGGAAGGUCCUGAAGAGCUGUUAAAGUUAGUACACAUGGAGAGUGGUACAGGGGAAGUGGUGGUCGCCAACAGAAUAGAUCACGAGGUGCAUCCCUGGAUAAACCUCACCGUGAAGGCGGUAGACAGCGGACUGCCACCGCGGUAUUCCGUCGCUGAACUAUUUAUACAAGUAUUGGACGAAAAUGACAAUAACCCGAUAUUUGAAUCGUCGUCGUUCGAGUACCGGGUGCGUGAGGACGUGGAGCCGGGCACCGUCGUGACCCAGGUGCUCGCCAACGACGCCGACUCGGGCGAAUAUGGCACCGUCACAUACUUGCUCGACCGUAUGUCUACGCAGGGCAAGUUUUUAAUAAACGCUGAGAGUGGCGCCUUGACAGUAUCCGACUGGUUGGACCGGGAAACCCAAACCACGUACAAUCUAGUUGUAGAAGCAUGGGAUAACUACCAGUUCGGUUACCUCAGCGGCGAGAGCCGGAACGCGUUCAAGCAGAUUGUCGUUCACGUAGAGGACGUAAACGACAACCCCCCAAUAUUGCACAUCCCGGAGGAAUGCACGACGAUCACAGAGUUCCACAAUCACCGUGAGCCGAUAGUGGCCAUAUCGGCGACCGACGCGGACGACAGCACGUCGCCGAAUGGACGCGUACAGUUCCACUUGGUCGGCGGGAAGGGGCAUGAACUGUUUAGGUUCGAGCAAAUGGGCGGCGACGCGAACACCGGCCGCUUGUACGCGCGGCAGUCGCUGCAGGACCGCUUCGGGAACUACUCGCUGCAGGUGGAGGCGCGUGACCUGGGCUCGCCGCCGCACGCCGCCCGCGGCACGCUGCGGCUCUGCGUCACCGACUACAACGACCACGCGCCCGUCUUCGUGCACCCGCCGCAAAACGUCACUAUAAAAGUGCCUGAGAACGCGACGGUAGGAACGACGGUGGUGGAGGUGCGAGCGAUCGACGCGGACACCCACCAACGGCGCCGUGCGAGGUACCGCGUGCGGCCACAGCCACCACACACGGCGACUGGCGCGACUUCACACACCACCACGCCGCCGCCGCGCCGCCACAUGCCACCACACACCGCGCGCGCGCUCGACCGCGACCGACAGCGCGCCUACCAGCUAAGAAUCGAAGCGUACGACCUCGGCCUCCCUACACCGCUCAGCUCGGACUUGGAUCUCACGAUAUAUGUGCAAAAUGUGGACAGUUACCGUCCGCGGUUCCCACACAAACAUUUCUACGUAAACAUCACAGAGAACGCACCAGAGUUUGAGGUUUUUCUACCAAGUGUUAUUGAAAGAGACGAGAUAGAUAGAGGCGACGAACCAGUACUGCCCGUGUGUUUUUUUAUUGUGGAAGGAAAUGAGGACGGAGUUUUUGAACUACAUAGAAAUACACAUAAAUUAUCAACAAUCAAACCCCUAGACCGAGAGCAAAAAAAGGAAUACAAUCUCACAGUGUUAGCGACUGAGGAUUGUAUCGCAACUCCAAACUAUCAAAGUGACGUGGACGCGGUCAGUACGCUGAGGGUUAAUGUGACAGUGAAUGACGUCAACGAUAACCCUCCAAAGUUCACCAGGAAAAUAUUCACGGGCGGUGUGACGACUGAAGCUGAUUUUGGUAUCGAGUUUAUGUAUGUUAAGGCGACAGACAAAGAUGACGGUGACAAUGCUAAAAUAAGCUACUACCUUAUUGGCGAUGUGAAGGAAACGCUAACGGAAGGGCUUGAGAACUUGGCUGUGUCGCCGUUCCUCGUCAACGUUGAUACCGGCGCUAUAUCAUUGAAUUUCGACCCGCAAAAGGGCAUGAAAGGAUAUUUCGAUUUCAAGGUACUAGCCAACGACACGGGCGGUCUUCACGACGAAGCGCAUGUAUUCAUAUACCUACUCCGCGAGGACCAGAGAGUACGGUUCGUACUACGCUCACAUCCGUCCGAAAUCCGCGAGAGGAUACACGUGUUCCGUGAUAAGCUAGCCCGCGUCACCUCAUCCGUAGUCAAUAUAGACGAUAUGAGAGUCCACGAGAAUAAAGACGGAUCAGUGGAUAAUACGAAAACAGACUUGUAUUUGCACUUGGUGAAUGGGGAAGACCAUUCAGUUUUAGAAGUGGAACAAGUAUUGAAGAUAGUUGACAAGAAUAUUGAACAACUCGAUGAUCUGUUCAAGGAAUUCAACGUUCUCGACACACAACCAGCGGAGUACCAACCUCUUACCGCGGAGACGCUGUCGUCGAAUCAGACUGUGUUUUGGCUGGUGUGGACAACGCUGUUCCUCGCUGUGCUCCUAGUGCUCUCAGUGAUGAUGUGCCUGUCGCAACGGGCGGAUUAUAUCCGAAGACUGAAGGCUGCUACAGCCACUGCGUAUUCUUCGCCAACACCAGGCGAGUCCGACAUGACGAUCCGCAGCUCCGGAGGUAGAGUUCCGAAUACAAAUAAACAUAGCACGAAGGGAUCCAAUCCUAUCUGGCUCCACGCAUACGAGAACGACUGGUAUAAAUCCGACGACCAGCUGAGUCACUCUGAACGGGACUCGUUGGACGAAAACGCAGUAGACCAAGACAUAUCCAACGAGAAACCGUACUUCAUCACGACCGGCGCAUUCCCGUCCAUAGAUUCCAAUGAAACCGAACCACAGAGUAACCAAGCCAAAUACGAUUUUUAUCAGCAAUUAGAACAAAUGAAGAAUGCGAAAAAUAUGGAAACAACCGAACUGUAAUGUUAGCUAUAUAAUGUGCCUUUGUAAUAUAUGUACCUAAUAUACAGCCCGUCAACUUCGAACCCAACACUCCCGAGACAUACAAGCGACAAAGACUGGAUCUAAAUACGCAUUUAUCUAAAUACAUAAUAAUGUAGUGAUACUACUUUUACGAUAAUAAGUACAUCUGUCAACCCACCAAGCCGCCAAAUACGAAGUUGACGAACUGUACUUAAUCAUUGUGCAACAGAGUUAAAAUGAAAGAAUGCUCUAUUAGCUAUUUAUUAAUAAUUCAAACGUGAUAAAAAUAAGUUUAUACUAA